AGCACGUCUAUCAACACUUCAGUCCAACUCGGUCGGUCACAGUAUUUAAUAGUGGUAGAAAACGAGUAGUUGGUAGAUAUUGAGAAAUUAGAGCGGCAUUUUUUGCUCCUCGAAUUGUGUGGUUCAUAUGUUCGUGUCAACGCCGUUAUCAUGUAGCAAUUAGCAGAUAUCUCGGUCACAUUCAUGAUAAAAUUAUAUAUAUAUAUAAUUCAGCAACUUGUCAUCAGCCAUAUCCAUAUUAGAUUCUAACAUUCCUGGACAUUUCUGAUUGGCCAUUAUUUUGUACGAUUGCACAUUCACGGGACUGGUACACCUUUAUAUUUACAUCAUGGUCGGUCGCAUCAAGACAUCGCACACGCGCACGUUAGCAUGGGGGAAGGGGUGAUGGGUGGCUUCGUCAAGAAGUCACCGAUUUACACCGUGGUACUUUGUCCCAAAAGAGAACGGAAAUCCAUAGAGGAAGGAAGGAGGAAAUUCGCUGACUGGUAGUCGGUAGAUCUCAGAUUCGAAUUAAUUCAAACCUUAUCCCCCAUAUGCCUUUUAAGAGAUUAAAAAAAAGAAUAUAUAUGUUAUAAAUCGCCCAUUGUACAUAAACGGUUACACCGUGAUACUUCGUCCCAGAAGAGGACGAAAAUCCAUAAAGGAAGGAAGCACGGGGGAAAAGGUGUGUCGCGGAGCAAAUAGGUCGACUUGCCGCUUCUUGGAAGCGAGAAGGAGGGGAAAAGAGAGAAAGAGAGAGAGAGAGAGGAAGAGAGAAAGAGAGUUAAGGCGGUGCAGCGAGCGAGACGUAUCAUAGCAAUCACAGGCGGUCGUGACACACAAAACGUGAUCACGAGGCGACGAGAGGAGCGCCGGUAAUUACAGUGAUUAUCUAAUCAUGCCCAAUUCGCGGGUCACCAGAGACGAUUGCGCGAAGAAAGUGACAACGAUGACAUCGUUAGCGUGAUUCCUUCCGCGUGUGUGUAUCUUCGAGAUGCUACGUGUAACUCCUUCGUCCUGCCAUCGACGAGAUAUUCGAGACCGGAUGGUCUUCUCGGAUUUAGUGUGACUGGAAAAAAACUCGCUGCGUGCUACUGUAGGAAGAAGCAGGAUAGAGCAAGAUGGCGAGCUCCUUAACGUGGUCGUGCUGCCUGCGUUUUAAAUUCAGCCCAGAGGAGAUCGAGCAACGUUACAAGAGCCAGGAGAUCGACCGGAUGCUGGAGAAGGAUCGGCAGACGUUUCGCCGGCAAGUUAAGCUGCUGCUGCUCGGCGCGGGCGAGAGUGGCAAGUCGACAUUCCUCAAACAGAUGCGGAUCAUACAUGGGAUUAAGUUCGAGCCUGAACUAGUUAAAGAAUAUCAACAUGUAAUCUACCAGAACAUAAUUAAAGGAAUGAAGGUUUUGGUAGAUGCUCGAGAUAAGCUGAAUAUUCCCUGGGAGAAUCCUAAGAAUUAUGAUAUCGGCUUUCAAUUACUCAAGUUUGAAAAUACUAUGGUACUGGAUACUAGAUUAUUUCUGCAUUAUGUACCAGGACUACAAAGUUUAUGGAAGGAUGCAUCGAUAAGAAGAGCAUUUGACAGGCGAAGAGAAUUUCAAUUAAGUGAUUCUGUCCAGUACUUCUUGGAUAAUCUUGAUAGGAUUGCGAGAGUGGAUUAUACACCUACACAUCAGGAUAUUUUACAUUGUAGAAAGGCAACAAAAGGAAUUUCUGAAUUUGUAAUACCAAUUAACAAUAUCCCUUUUCUUUUUGUCGAUGUUGGCGGUCAAAGAUCUCAAAGGCAAAAAUGGUACCAAUGCUUUGAUUGCGUGACUUCUAUACUUUUUCUUGUAUCAUCGUCGGAAUUUGACCAGGUCUUGUUGGAAGAUAGGAGGACUAACAGAUUGGAAGAAUCUAGAAACAUAUUUGAUACAAUUGUGAACAAUAUGAUAUUCUGUGGUGUCUCUAUUAUUUUGUUUCUAAACAAAACGGAUUUGCUUGAUAAAAAAGUGAGGUCACAAGAUACAAAUGUCCGUUUGUACUUUCCACAAUUCACGGGUGAUCCACAUUCCAUGAAGGACGUGCAAAAUUUUAUCCUCGAUAUGUUUGUGUCGGUCAAGAGGGAUCCAAGGAAGCCAUUAUUUCAUCACUUUACUACUGCAGUAGACACGGAGAAUAUUAAAGUUGUCUUCAAUGCCGUAAAGGAUACUAUUCUACAUCGGAACUUAGAGUCAUUGAUGCUUCAAUAAUGACAUAGAAACGAAGGAAUUAAAUACAUAAAGCAGCUAGUAAAACAAAGGUACGCGGCAAAAAUUUAAUAUUUAAUAUGUAUCAUUAAUCCAAUCUGUAGUUUUCGAGAAAUAUAUUGCAAUACACAGACUAGGUCAAAAAAUGUUUUGAUAAGACAAUAUAUUAUAUAUGAGUAUGAAUUGAAUGUUUACCUACAUAUAUAUAAAUAUGUUUAUAGUAAAAAAGAGAAAAACUGCCUGAUGUAAAGAUAUAUUAAAAAUUUUGACUCUAUAUACACCAUAUAUGUAUACAUAUAUUAAGAUAUAUUUUCAUUGUGCUUUUGAUGAAUAUUGAAUGGUUGUAAGGAGAUUAUUAUACAAACUCUAUUGUACAUAACAAUUUAUAUUCUAUACGUUGUCAAUAAUUUCUAUGAUAAUGAAUUGACAUACACACACACGCACACAUAUUUGUGUAUAAAGAGGAGGAUCAGUUGCAAAUAAUUCAGUUUAGGUUCUUAUACUUGUAUAGAUAUAUCUGAUUCAAAUAUACAUACGCACAAUGCUUUUCCCAUGUGUGUAUGAUAUAAUAUUUAAGAUUAUUACUGGUUAUUAAACCAGAGUUUUUACUUAAAAACAUGGAUAUAACUUAUUUCUUAUUUAAGAUUAAUUAACUAUAUUAACACACAGGAUAAAUUAAGUAACAAGAAAACCAAAUACUAGGUCCAAGCCAUAUAAACCAAAUAAAGAUAACCAGUUUGUGUUCAAAUUGCUGUGGAAAAAAGUUAUUCAUUUAUUUCUUCUUUUUUGAAGAAACAAUGCGAUAUUAUUCAAUAUAAUGCUAUAGUCAAAUCUUUGUAUCUUGCAUUCUAUAAAUUAAACUUUCUAGACUGCUGUUAAGUUAUUGUCAAAAACUAUAAUAUGAUGAUUGAAACUAAAAUAUGAUGAUUAUAUUAAUCACAAUUAUUUUCUUUUUUGUAUAAUAUAAUGUUAAUUGAAAUUUUUUAUCAAUCCUGUAUAUAUUUUAAUAUAUAUAAAGCUCACUUUCAAAAGAGUCUCGAAUUUCCGACAAAAUUUGGAAUAGAAUUCUAUGUAUGUAUGCAUGUAUGUAUGUAUAUGUAUAUAUAUAUGUGUGUGUGUGUGUUUUAAUAUAAAUAGAAUUUUGUUACAAAUUAUAGAUAUCUAAUGAGUUUAAAAUACAGCAGUUGUUUUCCUUGAGUCAAAUUGUGAGGUACAAAAUUAAUUAUAUAUUUUAGAAACAGCAGUAAAAUUUUAGUAUAAUUAUAUCAUGUAAUACAAUUUUUCUAUUCAUCAUAAAUAUUCUAUUUGCCUGUCCUAUAAUUUUGAUAACUGAUCCUUUAUUGGUUAUUAUACAUUUGAGAGAAAAUUCAAAUAAAAUAAUCGAUAUUAUCUUUUUCCACAUUGCGCAAAAAAUGUUUAAUUUCUUAUAUUAUUUAUAGAAGGCCAGAUUGAAACAGCAAUUUGUAUGAAUUGUCUAAUUUUGUUAGCAUAUUAUAAAUAUAAUAUUGCAUUUACAUCUAUACAUGCAUGCUUGUUUAUAAAUUUGGUUAUCUUAUGAUUUGUGCAAAUAGAUGUCAGUGGAAAAAUCUGACACAAUCUGGACUGAACCAUUGUGUUAUACCAAAAA